UCAAGUAUGGUAGGAGAUGCAGUACUUCACAGGCCAACUAAGAACAUAUGUUUCCAGAGUGAAUCAAAAUUGGAAAGGAAAAAAAUGUUUAUUCUUUGCUGGAUUCUACUAUUGUUUAUCAAAGGAGCAGAGGUUAGAGAGUUUAAUCUGUCAGGGUGUCUUCAUAAAGGACCUGGAAGGAUUUAUCGUGCAGUUGCUAAUGAGGAGUUUCUCUUGGAAUGUGUUUUGCCAUCCCAAAACCGGACCCACAUGUUCAAUAACUCAUUUCUAUAUAAAAGUAAAGUGCUUUGGUUUUGGCAACACAAACCUGAAGAACCACUGAAGGCUCUCAACAAUGAAACCACUAACCCUACUCAGGAAGGGAAUGCCCUUUGGUUCAGACCAAUAGGGAUUAAUGCUGCUGGAAUAUAUAUCUGUAUGAUAAGGGAAGAAAUCUCAUGCCUCAAAAACAUCAUAGAGGUUCAAGCAAAGAAGAAUGCAAAUUGUUCAGAUAAUGGCAAAAAUGAGCUGUCUCUUCCCAUUGAAAUGGGACAUUCAAUUUCCUGUCCUGGGAUACACUGUUACAGUCAUUUACAAAGGUCACCAGUGACAUGGUACAAGAAUGGAAUUCGAGUGACGAGACAGGAUUUUAGACCAGGUCUAAAACUUACCAAUGAUGAAAUCCGCCUGGUUCCUAUUUAUAAGCAAGAUGCUGGUAUUUAUAUAUGUGAUUACAUUAUAUUUGACAACAGCAUCCAGUGGAUAAUGAGACGAGUAAUUAGAGUAAAAACCACUGCACGGCGGAAUACUGUCCACACCCCAAACAUCUUGUAUCCCAGUGGCAUGAAGACCCUUGAAGUAGAACUUGGAAAACCUCUUAAAAUGGAAUGCAAAGUAUUAUUUGGCUAUGAAAAUAAUGUUCACUCUGCGAUAACUUGGUACAGGGACAUCAAAGAAAGUAAAAGCGAGCUAUGUCUGCUGAACUCAACAGGGGUUGAGGUAAAAGAAUUUGAUGGAGAAUCAUUUGUUCAUGUUGCCAUGCUCAGGGAAGUUACUGAAAGGGACCUCAACAGCAACUUCAUCUGCUUUGCUAACAAUUCUGUGGGAAACUCGACAGGAGUGCUUAAGCUAAAAAGGAAGGAAAGAGCACUUUUCAAAUACAUAUUGCCUAGUGUGAUUGCACUUCUAGUUGGACUCUUGUUGGGCAGUGCGUUUGUUUACCAGCAUUGGAUCGAAAUAGUGCUGGUGUAUCGAAAUUACUUGGCCAAGGAUGAAACUAUUGGAGAUUGCAAAGAAUUUGAUGCAUUUGUGUCCUAUGCAAAACAAGACUCCUUUGGAAGUGAUUCUACUUGUCUUAAUGAGGAACAGUUUGCUCUGGAGGUCCUUCUGGAGGUCUUGGAAAACAAACAUGGAUACAAACUGUGUCUUCUUGACAGGGACAUUCUUCCAGGAGGAGCUUACACUGAUGAUAUCGUAACAGCUAUUAAGCAAAGCAGGCGAGUUAUAAUUAUCUUGAGCCCUGGCUAUGUCAACGGACCCAGCAUCUUUGAACUGCAGGCAGCGGUGAACUGUGCUUUGGAAGAUAACAUGAUAAAACUGAUUUUAAUUAAGUACAAAUCGUUCCAAGAGCCUGAGUCUUUACCUCCGCUAGUGAAGAAAGCUCUUAAAAUUUUACCAGUUGUUACCUGGAAAUCUUCUAAUGCUUCCUCACCAAACAAACAAUUCUGGAAGUACAUGCGAUAUCACAUGCCAGUGAAGAAUACCAGUGGGUUUGGUAAAAACAGUCUAAAGUUUUUUUCCAAAGGUUAUUUAACAUGGCUCUCAAUAGCAGAACGGCCAGUGGGAGAAGUCAGCAGACUAAGAAAGGGUGAGGUGAUUGUAAAGGAACUUCCUAUAUCUGCCACCAGCUUACCACAAAUUUAAGGGCUCAUCAUCUUUUAUCUCAUUGACAGCUCACCCUAACAUAAAGUGGAAUAAAAAACUGUCAUAAUGUGAUAACCCUAAAAUCUUCAGUACAAGCAAGUGGGACUGUGAUAUGUUUUCCUUUUAUUAUCAUAUUUAAUAUUUAUUAUUUUCAGCAAAGUUAUACUCAGAAUUUGGGCUCCACUGUGGUAGAUGGUGACAAACCUAGGACAAAAGAGAACUUAAAUUGUAACUAUGUUAUUAAUAAGAAAUAGUAAUAAUAUCAUAAUUCCAUUUCUAAACACUAUACACUGUAUACACAGACUUUCCUGUGUGAAGGGAAUUAAAAGCAGAAAGCAAUAUGGCUGAGGUUUUCAUUUGCCUCACUCUGCUGUUAUCAACUCAUUAGUAAAACUCCCCUUGAUUGCAGUGGGAGCAGAGUUAAACCAAGGUUAAGCAUUUUUGAAAUUCCAACCAUGGACUCUUUUGUAUGUGUUCUUUUUGCCUUGAGGUUGAAAAUAAGGAUACACCAG